AUGGCUUAUCAUGAUUGCAUCCUUUAUAGGAAACAAUAUAAAGACUGCGUAAGCUGCCCGAAAUGUGGCUUAUCAAGAUGGAAGCUAACCAAGAAAAAUGUUGAGAAGAAAGGUGUUCCUGCCAAAAUGGUUUGGUAUUUCCCUCCCAUACCAAGACUUAAGUGCAUGUUUAAAUCUUUAGAAACUUCCAGAAAUUUAACAUGGCAUGCAGAUAGCACAAGAGUUGUUGGUCAGUUACGCCAUCCAAUUGAUUCACCGUCAUGGAAAUUGGUGGAUCAUAUGUGGCCCGACUUUGGAAGUGAGGCAAGAAAUAUUCGCCUGGCACUUGCAGCCGAUGGAAUUAAUUCUCACAACAAUCUUAGUAGUUGCUACAGCUGCUGGCCAAUCAUGCUGGCCACAUAUAAUUUGCCUCCAGACAUGUGCAUGAAAAGGAAAUUCAUCAUGCUAACGAUGCUCAUUUCAGGGCCGAAACAGCCUGGAAACGAUAUCGACGUCUACCUUAAGGUUCUGGUUGAUGAUUUGCAGCUGUUGUGGGAAGGAGUUGAUGGAGUUUAUGAUGCUUAUCGAAGGGAGGUUUUCACUCUUAAAGCAGUUCUUUUAUGGACCAUCAACGACUUUCCUGCAUAUGGUAACCUUAGUGGAUGUACUACACAUGGUUAUUACGCAUGCCCAAUAUGUGGUGAGGAUACUUAUGCAAAGCACUUACAAAAUGGGAAGAAAAUGUCAUUUGCUGGGCAUAGACGAUUCCUACCACGAUUUCAUCCAUAUCGGAGGCAAAUAAAGGGGUUUAAUGGCAUGGAGGAACUUGGUGAAGCAGGUAGGCCAUUAUCUAGAAUUAAGUUGUUUGACAAGCUUUCAGACAUAACAUGUGAGUUUGGAAAGAAAACAAGUGGAAAAACCAAGCACAAUGUGGCAGCUAGGUUGGACAUGGUUCAGAUGGGAAUUAGGCCUCAAUUGGCUCCUAAAAUUGGUGAGAAAAGAACAUAUCUACCUCCUACAGCAUGCUCAUUCACAAAAAAUGAGAGAUUACAAGUAUGUAGGUCAUUAAUGGAUAUAAAAGUUCCGGAAGGUUUCUCAUCAAACAUGAAGAAUCUUGUCUGCAUGGAUGAGAUGAAGCUGAGUAGCUUGAAAUCACAUGAUUCUCAUGUUAUAAUGCAGCACUUCCUGCCAAUAGUCAUACGUAAUUCUCUGUCAAAAUAUGUUAGAUAUGUUGUCAUAAGAUUAUGCUUCUUCUUCAAAGAUAUUUGUUGCAAGAUUAUCGAUGUAGCCAAGUUAGAUAAGCUGCAAUCUGACUUGAUCGUUACACUCUGCUUAUUGGAGCAGUAUUUCCCCCCUUCUUUCUUCGAUAUCAUGCUCCACUUAACAGUUCAUCUUGUUCGUGAAGUCCAAUUAUGUAGACCAGUCUACUUCAGAUGGAUAUACCCAUUUGAAAGAUGCAUGAAGGUGUUGAAAAGUUACGUAGGCAGUCGAAAAUAUCCAGAAGGUUGCAUUGUUCGGAGAUAUGCAGCAGAAGAAGCAGUUGAAUUUUGUUCAGAAUAUCUCAAUGACCUUGAUCCUGUUGGGGUCCCUAAAUCACUACGUGACCCAAACACAAGCAUUCCUGGAUUCUCAGCAAGCAAUUCAUCAAUCAUCGUCCAACAAAUUGAUCUCCAACAAGCACACUUGACUGUUCUAGAAAAUACAGAAGAAAUAUCUCCAUACAUUAUUGAACACAAAUCCUUCUUGAAGACAAUGUUUCCCAAGAAACAGAAAGAUGCAAGGUGGAUACAAGAUGCUCAUAAUAAGAGGUUCAUUGACUGGUUUCGUGCAAAGGUGGCUGCUGAAAUCGAUAGUUGUAAUGGUGGAAUGACAUCAUCAUUGAGAUGGCUGGCCCAUGGACCACGUGUGCGAGUCUUAAAGUGUGAUAGCUAUGUCAUAAAUGGCAAUUUAUACCAAACAAAAGAGCGGGAUGAUGAGAAAGUUUGUCAAAACAGUGGUGUUUCUCUACUUGCCAACACGAUGCUUGUUUGUAGUGCCAAAGAUAAGAAUCCCGUGUUAGAGAAUGUGACUUUUUAUGGAGUUAUUGAAGAGAUAUGGGAACUAGACUAUCAUCAAUUUCAAGUUCCUCUUUUCAAGUGCGCAUGGGUAUCAAAUGACAAAGGAAUACAAUACAACGAUGAAUGUGGCUUCACCUUAGUUAAUCUGAACAAACGAGGCCACCAGAAGGAUGAAUUUGUGCUUGCAAGUCAAGUUAGACAAGUAUUUUAUGUUGCUGACCCACUGAACAAAGGGUGA